CCUGCUCUUUGUCUGCAGGAAGGAGAGCAGAGCAAUGUGGCUUCUCCCCAGCUUUAAAGCCAGCCUUGCCUGGGCUCUCCUUAGCGUGGUUCUGGGGAUGGAGUUAAGUUUGCAGGAAAGUUUACUGUUAAAAUCCUUGGGUUUGAGUGCCAAGCCCAGCCCGAAAACCCCCGUUCCUGUGCCGUCUGUGCUCUGGCGGAUCUUCCAGAAGAGAAAGACGCUGCCUUCUACAAACAAAGACCUGGCGGAUGCCUGUAGGGUGGAGGAAUUUAAUGUCCCUGGGAACAUCAUCCGUGUCUUCGCUGACCAAGGCCACUUCAUUCAUAACGGGCAGCCCCAGAGGUUGCUGUGUCUGCAGAAGCGUCUGUACUUUAACCUCUCCGUGCUGGAGGAGGGCGAGCGCUUGACGAUGGCUCAGCUGGAGAUCAAAUUCAGCCACAACUCCUACCACACCUCCAGCCAGGGGCAGGUUUUUGAGCUGAGGCUCUACCAGACCUCCCAGAUGUCUCUACGGGGGAUGCCCUCCCACGAGCCCAGCCGAAAGCUGCUGGUGGAGCAGUCCUUCACCCAGCUGCACAAGUCUCUUCUCUUCAACCUGAGCGGGGCGGUGAAGGACUGGAGAACGUACAGGAGGAAUCUGGGCUUGAUCCUGGAGAUCUCGGUGAGCGGCGGCGAUGGUGCAUCAGCCCUGGCGAGCGGGGAGCUGCAGAGCCUCUGCGCCAGCAUCGACUCCUUCCUGGACACCUCUCUCCUGGUGGUGAGCCUCAGCCAGCAGCAGUGCAAGGCUUCCAGGAGGAGGAGAAGUGCUCACUACACCCCCGUCACUCCGAGCAACCUCUGCAAGCCCCGGCGGCUUUACAUCAGCUUCAGCGACGUUGGUUGGGAGAAUUGGAUCAUCGCCCCGCAGGGCUACAUGGCUAAUUACUGCCUGGGCGAGUGCCCCUUUCCCCUGACAGCGGAGCUGAACAGCACCAACCAUGCCAUCCUCCAAACCAUGGUGCACUCGCUGGACCCGGAGGGGACCCCCCAGCCCUGCUGCGUCCCCGUCAGGCUGUCCCCGAUCUCCAUCCUCUACUACGAUAACAACGACAACGUGGUGCUGAGGCACUACGAGGACAUGGUGGUGGAUGAGUGUGGCUGCAGAUAGCGGAGCGGCUGGGGGAGUGCGUGCAGUGGGGUCCCGUCUGAAGCGUUGAAUGAUUGAAGGAAUAAAUCCAAGUGUGUUAAAUCCCCUCUGUGCUGGUGUUCAGGGCGUUUCCCCUUGGUGCAUUGAGCGUCGGAGCUUCCCCCCCGCGCUGCCCUUCUCCACGUGCAGCCGGGGAGGAGGUCUGGCAUGAAGGGAUCGUUACUGGAGUUGUGAUUUAGUAAUAGCUGGGUGCUGGGCCCUCCAAGCAGCUGUCGGCCGCAGCCAGCAGCCUGUUACGGGAUUAUGAUCAGGUCUGAUGCUGGUUGUCUCUUCCGUUCUCCAUGGGCGAUGGCAGCACCAGGUUGUGAAUCCCGGACCCUUCUCGUGCUUGGCUGCUGCUGUUGCCAGCGAGGCACCCGCUCGGGAGAGCAGCAGCAGAGCUUGUGCUUUUCGGCUUUUUGGCUAAAUGCUGCAGCUUUCUCAGUGCAAAAAGACUUUUUUUGGUGAAAUGAUGCUGGUGGUUCCCUGCUGCCUGGGUGCAGGGUUAGGCUGCAGUGCGGCCAUGCCGGGAGGAGGUGAUGCGGCUGCUCCAGUCCUGCUGCAGGAAGAGGUAUGGUGUCAUGGCACGAGCCGCAUCGCUGCGGCUCUGUGUGACUGAAUCCCUUCCCAAAGGAGCCUGGAGGAGCGCGGGUUUCUCUUUUGCUGUGGGAACUCGGGCCUCAGCUUUUCUUAUUGCGCGGUUGGCG